GGUCAGAUUGGAUUUCAGAGUGUAGUUUUUCGAAAAAAUUACCAAAAUCAAUACUGCCCGAUUUUAUGUAAUUUACUCCGUUCUGGCUGUAGAUCUGCAGCGGCGCCUCCUCCCUCCACCAGGCUGCAGUACAGUUCCAACGUCUCCUCUUCUAGAUCCCUCUCCAUCCCGUCCUGUAGACCUGGGAUUUACUCGGCGAUUUCAGUUCUGGAUUCUAGCAGAAACCUACUAGACCAAGUGGCGACCUAGGAGUAAAUCGAUCGAUCGAUCGAUGGGGUCCUGGUUCUCUUCCCCUGAUUAUGUAUGUCAGAUGCCGGACCAGUUGAAACCAUCCCCGUCUGAUUGGGCCGCCCUACUUGAACGCAUGGAGGGCCGAUCUGCGAUCCCACCCCCGCGCACACGAGAAGAAAAGGACGCCCACUUGAUCUGUAGGCUUGCCAACUGGGUCCUCAAACACUACAACUCCACUCACCCGGGUGCCGAGUUCCAGUAUCUUGAACAGCCUGCCGCGGAUACCAAGGCCGCCUGCGUCGGUUUCAGGAGAGAUCUCUGGUACCACGUCGGCUUCUCUGCGACCCGCAAAAACGACAACAACAAUACCCAGAGGUUCUUCGCUGAGCUACGCUUCGAUCCCUGUGCCGACAUCCUGACGGUCGAGACAUGCACCGUCUUAGAUAACCCGUUGAGCUGCUUUAGAAGCAGCUGUGCAUUCUGUCCAGAGGAAUCCAAGAUUUUGCACCCGAGCGACGAUACUCAGUUUAGGUGCGGAAAGGCGGGGCAGGAAAAGGAGUUCUUCCGCGAGAGGUGUGAGUGGGAUGGGCACGAUAAAACAGUCUUUAGCAAGAGUGACAUGCUAGAGGUGCCCUUCUGGUUAGGUGGACGCGUGCCUCGAUAUAGAUUGGUGGAUCGACCAUGAUUUAUGUUUCCUCUUCUCCUAGCUUUCCAUCCGUGUUUACUUUGUAGACCAACACAUCAAUAUACUUUUUUAGAUAUAAAAAAGAAAAGAAUAUCUGAAUUCCAA